GGCUCUGUUUUGAGUGAGGACACGUCGUGGAGUUUUCGUUAAUUCGCGCUCAACCAAUUUUGUUCUGUUUUGGCUUUUCUCGUGAAAAGUACAAUGGCUGUGCCAGGCCCUAAUAAGGACAACAUUAGAGCUGGGUGCAAGAAAUGUGGAUAUCCGGGCCACUUGACCUUUGAGUGCCGAAACUUUGUCAGAGUUGACCCCCAGAAAGACAUUGUUCUGGAUGUAAGCAGCACCAGCUCUGAGGAGAGUGAAGAUGAAAUACCUGCAGCACAGCGCAAUGAGAAGCUGGGGAGAAGUAGCCAGCAUCGCAGAGGUUCCCAUGAUGAUGAUGAAGAUGAUGAUGGUGAUAGAAAAGGGAGACACAAACAGAAGAAGAGCAGAGACCGGAAGUCAAGAAAGAGAUCUGCUUCGUCAUCAAGUGAUGGAGGGACCGCAAAGAAGAAAAAGAAGCACAGCAGGUCCUCUCCCUCAUCUGAUGAAGAGGAGAGGAGGAAGAAAAAGAAACUGAAAAGCCACAAGAAGAAAAGCAAGAAGGGCAAACGGGAGCAUGGGAAGCAUCAUAAGAAGCAGAAGAAGAGGAAACAGAAAUCUUCGUCUUCCUCGUCCAGCUCCAGUGAAUCCUCAGACAGUGACUAAACAGUAAAGUGUCUGCAGGUCCAACACUUUUUAAUAUUUACUGUCUAUGAAAAUUAGUUUUGAAGACUCAAAAAAGCAGCACCAUCUUGUACCAUCUUGAACAUUUUAAAAAGAGCCACUUUCUGACACAGAUAUUUAAAAGAAACCAUCAUGUAAAUGAAUAAGUGCUCGCAGAAUGUUUGAGGCAUUCGGAAAAGAUGUGAAGCUAUCGAAGAUGUUCUGAUACAGUGUGUAUUUGUCACACUUUCCACACCCAUUCAUACAUUUGAUAGUAUUUUUUGUUGCAAUGGAAUCUUCAGUGAUGCAUAGUGCAGUCAUAAUGCUGACUUUUGAUUUGUGUUUGUCCUGCUGUGGGGCAUCAUACACAAAUACUUACAUUUUACAACAUGGUUUUUUUUGGUUGACUGUGCAUAAUACAUAGAUGAGGAUCACAGUGAUGUAUAUUUGUGUCGGUGCUUUCUCACCACAUGUUUCUCAAAAAGCAGGUCAUUAAAUGUCCCUUCAUUUAUCUGAUGUGUUGGCCAGUGUAACAACAAUCAUCCAAUUUCAUUUUUCUUUCAGUGUCAGGGGUCUUUUUUCAACACAGAACUGUAUAAAUACUGUAUAUACUGUUAGUGGAAAGGCUUCACAGCAUAAUAAAAGCAGCUCCUGGUCUUUCCUGCUGAAACACUGGUUAUGAGCAGUGGGAUGAGUGUCAAACAAUUAAUUUUCUCCUUGAAUCACUCGUACAUGUUUGAAAAUAAUAUGACAUUUUUGAGGAUUUCAUUCCAAAAUAUUUGUUUGUCAUUAACUGAGCCUUGCUGUCACAUUCUCCCUUCAUUCAUAUACCAUUCUAUUAAAUUCCUGCCUGCCCUGUACCGUUGCUUUUUGUUCCACCUCAGUGUUUUUUAGUAUAAUUAAAUAUAUAUUUGUAUCAAACUGUCA